GACUGUUUAACGGUGAAGUUUCCACGGGCGCGUGCACGCUCAGAAUAUGUCACGCCAUCAGUUUAACACAAAAUAAUAUCAAAAUGAAGAGCGCGUUUUAGUCGGACGCCACAGAUCUCAGUGAAUGUUUCUUCGUCGACGCGAGCGCUGCGAUGCUUAAAUGGCAUUAAACGGAUUAAUGGAAAUUACAGGCGCGUGAUGAGAACGCAAGGUUGACUCAGGAGUUUGAAGAAACUGGAUCUUGGAGAGCCAUUUACACGCUGCAAGCAUUCAUGGGGUCAAGAUUCAUUUUUUUAACAUCAAAUGGUCGCUGAGUUUUAAAAAAAUAUAUUUUUUGAUCAAUGCACCAAAAUCGGAGGCCCUUUUAAAGUAAACCCCAAGGCUGAGACUCAAGACUUUCGCAAGGAAAUGUUGAGACUGCCAUAAGGUGUUUCACAGAAACUUCAAUUAUCGUACACAGUCAUGCAUCUGGAGGUGAAGGUCGCCUUGAACUUCAUCGUGUCCUACUUGUACAAUAAGCUCCCGCGCCGGAGGGCGGAUCUGUUUGGCGACGAGUUGGAGCGAAUCCUCGUGUCCCGUUUCGAAGGGCACUGGUACCCCGAAGCUCCUUUACGCGGCUCUGCCUUCCGCUGUCUUCACCUGGGUGUCCCGUCUGACCCGCUGGUGGAACUCGCGGCCAAGAGGAGCGGUCUGGACACGCAGGAAGUCCACGCUAACGUUCCCCCCGAGCUGAGCAUUUGGAUCGACCCGUACGAAGUGUCCUACCAGAUUGGAGAGAAGGGUGUCGUGAAUGUUCUCUACAUGGAGGAUCCACCAGGUGUGGGGGGUCAAAGUUCGGAUGGGAGUGUACUUAAAAGUGAAGUGGAGUUGGAGGAAGUAAAAAGUCUGGGCUUUAACCCAGAGGCUCAGGUGUUUGUGCCCAUCGGAGGCCGAACAUCGCCCGGCUUGCUCCGGUCUCUUUCUAGCUCGCCGACUCCCCUCUCUACCUCGUCCUGCCCGGGGCUGUUCGGUUACACCGCCCCCAGCACCCCCACCAACCCCAGUGCCCAUUCUUCCAACACGUCCACCCCAUCUCCACCCAUCGCAGGCCUCGUGUACCCACACUCCGCCCCUCAGCCCAUCACCUUCACCACCGCCAGCUUCGCCGCAACCAAAUUCGGCUCCACGAAGAUGAGGAAGAGCGGAAACUGCGGAACGCCCGGCGUGCUCCAGACGCAGAGGGUGACGACGCACUCGCCCGGCACCGUUUCUCCCCCGGGGCUGAUGAAGCACAGACCUCUCUCGCUCUCCAUGCGCUCCCUGACGCCUCCCGUCUCCAGCCAACUGUCCCCCAAUGCCAAAGAGUUUGUGUUUCCGGCGUCUCCGAGACCGCUCUACUUUGAUGCAGAAGCUCCGCCCAUGGCUUCGUUCCACGCUCUGCCCCCUCACGUCUCCUUCGACCCGUUCUCCAGCCCGCCGCCGGGUCAGGCCUUGGGAAUCAUCGGUGCCAAUGGUGGAAUUUCCUUCAUGGAUAAAGCUCCAUUUGUGGAGGGGCUUGGUGGAUACAACCUGCAGUAUUCAGGUCAGGCGUUCCAGCCCGUGGUGUUGGCCAACUGAGACCGUCCCAGAGUUUCCAAUGCUGAAAUAUUUCCCAUCAAUCAUUGUUACACUACCAACAGAAACAAAAGUAUUAUGACUUAAGUGUUAAUUGUGAUUGUUACUUUUUUCCCAUUUGCUAUUAGUUUCAUGUUGACCAGCACACAUUUCUUUGUGUUCGUUGUUUUCCGUAUUCAAUCACGUGAUUGUCGGGGUCUUUAUUGGCCAAAUGUUUGUGUCCGUGAUCUACUUAGUCUACAGACGCUCAUUAUUUUAGUGUUGAUUCAGGAAGCUUAUAAUCUUUUGAAAGAAUGCUAGAUGCUAAUUUGGGAUUUUGGAAAGAUGCUAAAGAUGAUUCUGGAAUGUCCGCUCGCACCUCAGUGGUCGUAUUUAAAGGGAUUUUAUGAUCCGUUCACUGUGCCAGCGUAUGUCUCGCGGUCCUGAGCUCACGUAUUGUGUGUUUGUGUGCUGUUCAGUUGAGAUUUAAAUGCACUUUAUAUUUAUAGACCGCCUACAGUUUAAAUACAUGAGAUCGAUUCUGCAGAAACCAGCCAGCUGUUAAUGCAGAUAUUUCUCGAAGGCUGUUUUUAGUGCACUCGAUGGUUUUCCGCAUCAUGUUUGACCUUCAGAGGUUGGAGGACAUGAGUGUUUGUGUCUCUUACACGUACAGCUUGUGUGAAGGUGAAGAGAUGCAGGCGUCCAGGCAGAGACUCAAUGUGACUUUAGAGAGGUGGGACAUGAGGGACAGUGAUGUUACGGCACUCGUUUUGUAUUAUUGCGUUGUUUUGGGGUGUUUUUGUAUAUAAUUCCGAGUUUGUCGACAUUGAUACAGAAGAGAUUUUAUAUGGAUGUUUGCACACUGUUGUAUUUGUUUUUCACAGUUUCAGGACUAUGAAUGUGACCUCAUUUUGACUGUUUUGUCAGGUGGUUGUAGAGGCUCUUCAGGGCACGGAGAUGAUGGCUGGCUUUCUGUAAGACAUCAGUCAUGUGCAGUCGUGCCACACUUUACCAACACCGGCCUUUCAAAACACCUCGCUAAAAAACACAAGACGCUAGAUGCUGAAGGUCUUUAAAUCACCCUUUAAUGGCCGUGUGUGUGUGAACAUAAGAUCAUGUGCUGUAGUUUAAAGAUUGUCAUGAGACCGUAUGUGAUGUCCAACAUUGAACUGUGAACGUCGUUAUCUUUGUUUCAUUUCGGGUAGGUGGGAUUCAGAUUUCUCGAUCUGGUGUAUUUUUACAUUUCUUUGUAAUUUAUUUACGAGUUUUCUAUAUUUUCCUGUGUGUUUUUUCAGAAGCGCAUUUGUAAAACAAAUGAAGAGAUAUAUACUAUAAUGACACGAAUCUGUAUAUAUUUCUUAUGUUUGAGAUCUUUUCUUUAGUUUCUUACGUGCUGAAGUUAUUUUUUCAGAGAUAACUCUAUGAAUAUAAAUAUAUAUGCAAGAUGAAAUGAUUAAUAAAAUGUUUAACAGUG